CCGAGGUCAGUCGACAACUUCUUUGCCUUUGUUUUGAAUUCCAGAAGUCGUCUGUCUCACGGGUGCGUCCGGUUCUCGGCCGGCGGAGAGUUGCCACCACCAUGCCCCGCUUUGACACGAAGGAGUUCGGGGAGGCUGCACCGUUUUUACGCAAAACUGACCUGGAGCUGCUGGCUGCGCAGACCGUCUCGUUUGACGGUAAGAAGCGAGCAUGGAUCCCUGAUGACAAGGAGGCCUACAUCGAGGUUGAGAUCAAGGAACUCAUCGGAGACAAAGUCAUCGUUGAGACCAAAGAUGGGAGGAGCUUGACAGUGAAGGAGGGUGACAUCCAGCAGAUGAAUCCUCCUAAGUUUGACAUGAUCGAGGACAUGGCCAUGCUGACCCACCUCAACGAGGCCUCUGUGCUUUUCAACCUGCGCAGACGCUAUUCUGCCUGGAUGAUCUAUACCUACUCCGGGCUCUUCUGUGUCACGGUGAACCCGUACAAAUGGCUGCCUGUCUACACGGCCACAGUGGUCGCUGCCUACAAAGGCAAACGCCGCUCCGAGGCUCCGCCCCACAUCUACUCCAUUGCAGAUAAUGCCUACAAUGACAUGCUGCGCAACCGGGAGAAUCAAUCCAUGCUUAUCACCGGAGAAUCCGGUGCUGGCAAAACUGUCAACACGAAACGUGUCAUUCAGUAUUUUGCCAUUGUAGCAGCUCUUGGGGAAGGAUCUGCUAAGAAAGCACAAGGACCUUCCACAAAAACAGGGGGAACCUUGGAGGACCAGAUCAUUGAGGCGAACCCAGCCAUGGAGGCGUUUGGUAACGCCAAAACGCUGAGGAAUGACAACUCAUCUCGUUUUGGCAAGUUCAUCAGGAUCCACUUUGGACCCACUGGCAAACUGGCCUCAGCUGAUAUCGAUAUAUAUCUUCUGGAAAAAUCCAGAGUGAUAUUCCAGCAGCCCGGUGAGAGGAGCUACCACAUCUACUACCAGAUCAUGUCCCAGAAGAAACCAGAACUUCUAGACAUGUUGCUGGUAUCCACCAAUCCAUACGACUACCACUUCUGCUCCCAGGGUGUGACCACCGUGGAGAACAUGGAUGAUGGACAGGAGCUGAUGGCCACUGACCAUGCCAUGGACAUCCUUGGCUUCCUGCCAGAGGAGAAGUAUGGCUGCUAUAAAAUAGUUGGAGCCAUCAUGCACUUUGGCAACAUGAAAUUCAAGCAGAGGCAGCGUGAGGAGCAGGCGGAGGCGGACGGCACUGAAAGUGCAGACAAGGCCUCCUACCUCAUGGGAGUCAGUUCAGCUGACCUCAUUAAGGGCCUCCUCCACCCAAGGGUGAAGGUGGGCAACGAGUAUGUGGUGAAAGGACAGAAUGUCGAACAGGUGAAUUAUGCCGUUGGCGCUCUGGCCAAAGCCACUUACGACCGCAUGUUCAAAUGGCUUGUGGGACGCAUCAACCGGACCUUGUACACCUCGCUGCCUCGUCAGUACUUCAUAGGAGUACUGGACAUUGCCGGCUUUGAGAUCUUCGAUCUCAACAGCUUUGAACAGCUGUGCAUCAACUUCACUAAUGAGAAACUGCAACAGUUUUUCAACCACCACAUGUUCAUCCUGGAGCAGGAGGAGUACAAGAGGGAGGGCAUCGAAUGGACCUUCAUCGACUUUGGGCUGGACCUGCAGGCUUGCAUCGAUCUCAUUGAAAAACCGCUGGGCAUUAUGUCCAUCCUUGAAGAGGAGUGCAUGUUCCCGAAGGCCACAGACAACAGCUUUAAGGCCAAGAUGUACGACAAUCAUAUUGGCAAGUCGGCUAAUUUCCAAAAGCCUCGGCCAGACAAGAAGCGCAAGUACGAGGCCCAUUUUGAGCUGGUGCACUAUGCUGGAGUGGUGCCAUACAACAUUAUUGGCUGGCUGGACAAAAACAAAGACCCCCUGAACGAGACAGUGGUGGUGUGUUUCCAGAAGUCUUCCAACAAGCUGCUGGCAUCUCUGUAUGAGAACUACAUCAGCUCGGACACAGCUGCUGACCCCAAGAGCGGUGGCAAGGAAAAGAGGAAGAAGGCUGCCUCUUUCCAGACUGUCUCUCAGCUUCACAAGGAAAACCUGAACAAGCUGAUGACUAACCUGCGCAGCACCCAGCCCCACUUCGUUCGCUGCAUCAUCCCUAACGAGACCAAGACUCCAGGGAUCAUGGAUCCGUUCCUCGUGCUGCACCAGCUGCGCUGCAAUGGUGUCCUGGAGGGCAUCAGGAUCUGCAGAAAGGGCUUCCCAAACCGCAUCCUCUACGCUGACUUCAAACAGCGCUAUCGCAUCCUGAACCCCCAUGCCAUCCCGGAUGAUAAGUUUGUGGACAGCAGGAAGGCUGCAGAGAAGCUGCUGGCCUCCUUGGAUGUGGACCACAGCCAGUAUAGAUUUGGACACACCAAGGUGUUCUUCAAGGCAGGCCUGCUCGGCCAUCUAGAGGAGCUGAGGGAUGAGCGCCUGGCCAAAGUCCUCACACUGCUGCAGGCCGUCAGCCGAGGCAAGAUCAUGAGGAUGGAGCUGCAGAGGAUGAUCGAGAGGAGGGAUGCUUUGAUGACCAUCCAGUGGAACAUCCGGGCCUUCAACGCUGUAAAGCACUGGCCCUGGAUGAAGCUCUUCUUUAAGAUCAAGCCUCUUCUGAAGAGCGCCGCCACAGAGAAGGAGCUGGCUACUCUGAAGGAGGAGCUGUCCAAGCUCAAAGAGGCUCUGGAGAAAUCUGAAAUCAAGCGUAAGGAGCUGGAAGAGAGGCAGGUCAGCCUGAUCCAAGAAAAGAAUGACCUCUCUCUACAGCUGCAAGCAGAGCAGGACAACUUGGCAGAUGCAGAAGAUCGCUGUGACCUGCUGAUCAAAACUAAGAUCCAGCUCGAGGCCAAGGUGAAAGAGGUGAUGGAGAGGCUGGAGGACGAGGAGGAGAUGAAUGCCAGCGUGCUCGCCAAGAAGCGCAAGCUGGAGGACGAGUGCGCCGAGCUGAAGAAAGACAUUGAUGAUCUGGAGAUUUCCUUGGCCAAGGUGGAGAAGGAGAAACAUGCCACAGAGAACAAGGUGAAGAACCUGAUCGAGGAGAUGGCAGCUCUGGAUGAAACCAUCCUGAAGCUGACCAAGGAGAAGAAGGCUCUCCAAGAGGCUCACCAGCAGACCCUGGAUGACCUCCAGGCAGAGGAGGACAAAGUCAACACUCUGACCAAAGCCAAGGUCAAGCUGGAGCAACAAGUUGAUGAUUUGGAGGGCUCUCUGGAGCAAGAGAAAAAGCUGCGCAUGGACCUGGAACGGGCCAAACGUAAGCUGGAGGGGGAUCUGAAGCUCUCUCUGGAGUCUGUAAUGGACCUGGAGAACGACAAGCAGCAACUCGAAGAGAAACUGAAAAAAAAAGACUUUGAAAUGAAUGAGAUGAGCUCAAAGAUUGAAGAUGAGCAAACCUUGGUCAUCCAGCUCCAGAAGAAGAUAAAGGAGCUUCAGGCUCGUGUUGAGGAGCUGGAGGAGGAGCUGGAGGCUGACAGGGCUUGCAGGGCCAAGGUGGAGAAGCAGCGUGGUGAUGUGGCUCGAGAGCUGGAGGAACUCAGCGAGCGCCUGGAGGAGGCGGGCGGUGCCACCUCAGCCCAGAUUGAGAUCAACAAGAAGCGCGAGACAGAUUUUUUGAAGCUGCGGCGAGACCUGGAGGAGGCCAUGCUGCACCACGAGGCCACGACGGCAGCCCUGAGGAAGAAGCACGCCGACAGCGCCGUGGAGCUGAGUGAGCAGAUCGACAGUCUGCAGCGGGUCAAGCAGAAGCUGGAGAAGGAGAGAAGCGAGGCCAAAAUGGAGGCUGAUGAUCUGGCUUCCACUGUGGAGCAGCUCUCCAAGGGCAAGGCCAACUCGGAGAAGAUGUGUCGUCUGUAUGAGGAUCAAAUGAACGAGGCGAAGGCCAAGGUGGAGGAGCUCCAGAGGCAGCUCAAUGAGACGAACACCCAAAGGGCUCGUGCUCAGGCCGAAAGCGCCGAGUUGGGCAGGAAGCUUGAAGAGCGGGAAUCCUUAGUCUCCCAGCUCCAGCGCACAAAGAGCUCCUUCAGCCAGAAUGCUGAGGAGCUAAAAAAACAGCUGGAGGAGGAGAAUAAGGCUAAGAACUCCCUGGCUCAUGCACUGCAGUCGUCCAGACACGACUGUGACCUGCUGAGAGAGCAGUAUGAGGAGGAGCAGGAGGCCAAGGCAGAGCUGCAGAGGGCUCUGUCCAAGGCCAAUGCUGAGGUGGCCCAGUGGAGGACCAAGUAUGAAACUGAUGCCAUCCAGAGGACCGAGGAACUGGAGGAGGCCAAGAAGAAGCUGGUGACACGUCUGCAGGAGGCCGAGGAGUCGGUGGAGGCUUCAAAUGCAAAGUGCUCCUCCCUGGAGAAGACCAAGCACCGGCUUCAGACAGAGAUCGAGGACCUGGUCAUGGACCUGGAGCGUGCCAACGCUGCAGCUGCUGCCCUGGACAAGAAGCAGCGCAACUUUGACAAGGUGCUGGCUGAGUGGAGACAGAAGUAUGAGGAGUGCCAAUCAGAGCUGGAGAGCUCCCAAAAAGAGUCUCGUGGCCUGAGCACAGAGCUCUUCAAACUGAAGAACUCCUAUGAGGAGGCCCUGGAUCAUCUGGAGACCACCAAGAGGGAGAACAAGAACCUCCAGGAGGAGAUAGCUGACCUGACAGAUCAAAUCAGUCAGGGAGGAAAGACUAUCCAUGAGCUGGAGAAAAUGAAGAAGGGUCUGGACAUGGAGAAGAGUGAGAUACAAGCUGCACUAGAGGAGGCUGAAGGCACUCUGGAGCAUGAGGAGAGCAAGACCCUUCGGAUCCAGCUGGAGCUCAACCAGGUCAAGGCUGAUAUUGACAGGAAGCUGGCAGAGAAGGAUGAAGAAAUCGACAACCUUCGCCGUAACCACCAGAGGACACUGGAGUCCAUGCAGGCCACCUUGGAUGCUGAGGCCAAGUCUCGCAACGAGGCAGUGCGCCUGAGGAAGAAGAUGGAGGGCGACCUCAAUGAGAUGGAGGUGCAGCUGAACCACGCCAACAGGCAGGCUGCAGAGUCCCAGAAACUCCUGAGAAACCUGCAAGUCCAGAUCAAGGACAUUCAGCUUGAGCUUGAUGAGACCCUUCACCAGAAUGAGGAGCUGAAGGACCAGGCAGCGGUGACAGAGCGCCGAAACAACCUGCUGGCCGCUGAGGUGGAGGAGCUCAGGGGCCUGCUGGAGCAGAACGACCGUGCACGCAAGCUGGCCGAGCACGAGCUGCUUGAGGCGACCGAGAGAGUCAACCUGUUGCAUUCUCAGAACACAGGAUUGAUCAACCAGAAGAAGAAGCUGGAGAGCGAUCUGUCCAUGCUUUCCACUGAGGUGGACGAUGCUGUGCAGGAAUGCCGCAAUGCAGAGGAGAAGGCCAAGAAGGCCAUCACUGAUGCAGCCAUGAUGGCAGAGGAGCUGAAGAAGGAACAGGACACCAGUGCCCAUCUGGAGAGGAUGAAGAAGAACAUGGAGCAAACCAUCAAGGACCUGCAGAUGCGUCUGGAUGAAGCUGAGCAGAUCGCCCUCAAGGGUGGCAAGAAGCAAGUUCAAAAACUAGAGAACAGGGUGAAAGAGCUGGAGAACGAACUGGAAUCUGAGCAGAAAAAGAGCCAGGAGUUCCAGAAGGGCGUGCGCAAGUAUGAGAGAAGAAUCAAGGAGCUCACCUACCAGACAGAGGAGGACAGGAAGAACCUGGCCCGCCUCCAGGAUCUUAUUGACAAGCUGCAGGCCAAGGUGAAGAGCUACAAGAGACAGGCUGAAGAAGCGGAGGAGCAGGCAAACACCAACCUGACCAAGUACAGGAAGCUCCAGCAUGAGCUUGAUGAUGCCGAGGAGAGGGCUGAUAUGGCCGAGUCGCAGGUCAACAAGCUUCGUGUCCGCACCCGAGACCAAGGUGGAAAGCUUGCUGAGUGAUGUAGAGAAGAUGACCGCCGUGGCCAAAUAUAUCACAGCCAGCCAGCUGCAACAGCUGUGCGUGACUGUGUGG